CUGACAAGAUUCAAUAGACAAGAUUCAAGAGACCAGUUUCAAGAGACAAGAUUCAAGAUACAAGAUUCAAGAGAGAAGAUUCAAAAGUCAAGAUUCAACAGACAUGAUUCAAGAGACAAGAUUCAAGAGACAAGAUUCAAGAGACAAAUUCAAGAGACAAGAUUGAAGAGACAAGAUUCAACAGACCAGAUUCAAGAGACAAGAUUCAAGAGACAAGAUUCAAGAUACAAGAUUCAAGAGACAAGAUUCAAGAGACAAGAUUCAAGAGACAAGAUUCAAGAGAGAAGAUUCAAAAUACAAGAUUCAACAGACAAGAUUCAACAGACAAGAUUUAACAGACAAGAUUCAAGAGACAAGAUUCAAGAGACAAGAUUCAUUAUACAAGAUUCAAGAGACAAGAUUCAAGAGACAAGAUUCAAGAGACAAAAUUCAAGAGACAAGAUUCAAAAUACAAGAUUCAAGAAACAAGAUUCAAGAGACAACAUUCACGAAAAAAGAUUCAAGAGGCUAGAUUCAAGAGACAAAAUCAAGAGACAAGAUUCAAGAGAAAAGAUUCAACAGACAAGAUUCAACAUACAAGAUUAA